AUGGGUUUUCAUCUAAUAAGUCUAAGUGCUCUUUUAUUAUUAACUAGAGUUUUUGAAGGUCUAGCUUUACCAUUUGAUAAAAAAUACAACAUUUCUUGGGGGAACAACAAUGUGAAGUUAUUGAAAAAUGGAGAAGAAAUUCAGCUAUCUCUUGAUAAAUUUUCUGGAUGUGGAAUUGAGUCCAAACAAAGUUAUGGCUCUGGAUCAUUUAAAAUGAGAAUAAAGCUACCAAGCAAAGACUCAGCUGGAGUAGUGACAACAUUUUAUCUACAUUCACAUACAAGCCACCAUGAUGAAUUGGAUUUCGAGUUUCUAGGUAAUAGAAAAGGGAAACCAUACAUAUUGCAAACAAAUGUAUUUGCAAAUGGUAUUGGUGAUAGAGAAGAAAGAAUUCAACUUUGGUUUGAUCCAACAACAAACUUUCAUGAGUACUCAAUCCUAUGGAAUUCACAUCACAUUGUUUUUUUUGUAGAUGAAAUACCAAUUAGGGUUUAUAAGAACAAAUCAUAUAGAGGAAUUGGAUACCCUACACAACCAAUGCAAUCAGAAGCCACUAUAUGGAAUGGAGAAAGUUGGGCAACAGAAAAUGGAAGUCAAAAAAUUAAUUGGUCAAAUUCUCCAUUCAUAGCUAAAUUUCAAGGCUUCAACAUUGAAGGUUGCCCUUCUAAUUAUCAUAGUUUAAAUUGCAAUUCAACAAAGUGGUGGUGGAAUUCUAAGAAAUUAUGGAAAUUAACUCUUGAUCAAGAAAAAUCAUAUAAAGAUAUUAGAAGCAAAAAUAUGAUUUAUGAUUAUUGCAAAGAUACCAAUAGAUUUCAAAACAUUCCUUUAGAAUGUUCAGUGAUUAUUAAAUAUCUGAUUUUCUGA